AUGGAUAAAGCCCGUGUUUCAGACGAUAAGAACAAGCAAAUUUUUGCAGAUAUUCACACACCUACUCCUUUGAAUGGGUUUUCGGUCCAGGCAGACAGAGCAGCGUCGCACGAGGUGAACCUUGGCUACAAUACUGGUUCGCAUGCUGUGCAUCUAGGCGACCGCCGCAACCCAGUCUUUCCAUAUACACCAGGGCCAUCGCAGCCAUUAUACGCAGCGCACAGCGGCGCUGUUCGGGUCGAGCUCGAGUUUGCUGCCUCUAACUACCGACACCACCCGUACACAGUGGAGCUGCUGCCUGGCAAUGACUUUGCAUACCUAUAUCAGCCGCGCCCAAUACCGCCUAUCCCUCUCGGAUCUUCGCCCCCGAGCGGGCUGCAUCAAGGUAUUACGCCCAUACAUUCUGCAUUUCCGCUGCAAGCGAACACCGGGGACCCCUACCAGCACGGCGUGCAGGCGUGCGACUGGUGUCACAAGAAGCGCAUAAAGUGCGAUGGCGGCAGACCGUGCAAUAACUGCACCAAGCGCGAUGUGAGGUCCAAACCGCAGCAGUCAACCACAAGGGUGACGACAUAUGGAAAGAGCACAAAGAUGCCAUCAGCAGCAGACAUCUCCAAUCUCCUAGUUGACGACGAAGCAGUCAGGGCCAGCAGCCUGUAUGCUUCUGGUCGCAGGAGGUCGAGCGAACACAAAUCUGUCUCGGAAGCAGAUACGACGAGGUACAGUCCGUUGUCCGAAGAUGACCCGAAUACAGACAGCUUUGUCAAACCGCCGGUUGGCAGCUUGCUGCAGGAGUUCUACUCGGACAAGGUCGACACGGAGACACGCGAUGCAGUGCUGGCAUACUUUGACUAUUUCUACCCAAACAUGGCGAUAUUCCAUCCCUCGACAUUUUUACGCCGCGUGGUCGCGAAAGACGUGGACCCGCUGCUCAUUGAGGCGCUCAAGUGCAUGGUUGCGCCGUUCAUUGCGGUCCGGAACGGAAGCAGCAUAGAUACUGAUAGUCUGGCAGGCGAGCUCAAGGCCAAGAUUCUGUUUUCGUUGGAGAAACCAACAACGGACAUUGUUCUCACUCUGAUUUUCUUGGCAGCAACCGAGGUAGUUGUCUCGCGCACCGACACGUAUGCGGUGCUGAUGUCGGCAAUAAUCGGCAUGCUGAUGCGCCUGGGGUAUCAUGAGAUUGACCUGUACAAGGACACAAAGCCAAAGACGUGGGGGAGAAUGGGUCGAGGUCGAGACAAAGCGGCGCAUAUUCUGGACCGUUUUCCAGCACGACUCGUUCAUGUCGCUGAUCAACGGCCUGCCGACGAUGAUACCAGAGUCCUCGAUAUUUGUCAAGUCGCCCUCACUGACGGGAAGCUGUCUGUAUCGGAGGAAUUGGCAGCAAUCCAAAGAGGCAGCUCAGAGAAGAGCCCGCUGCACGAACUGUCACCAGAACGAGAGGUUCCUGGUGCUGUUGACACUGGAGCCGUGUCGCACUCCUUCGCGCUGCUUUGCGAAUUCAACACACUGGAUAGCCGCAUAUGCCGAUUCCUAGGCGACGCAAAGGCGGCGAGAUUCGACCAGGACGACAUAGAGCUUCAAAGCCGCCCAUUCCCAUCUGUUGAUUUCCUUGAACCAGUUGCUGGUUCCGGGGAGUUGGUGUACUCGGUUAAGCGCAAGACAAAGCUGGUGUCAGAGUAUCCGCUGUUCCGCCAGUUUGAUGCGCAGCUGCGCGACCUGCACGAGCGUGUCAAGCCGCCCAAGCACCUUGCCGAAUUCUCGUACGACGAGGACAGCGUGCAGCGGUUUGGCAGCCAGGACACAACAGUCAUUCUGCACUCGAAUAACCGGGCGUCGUUUUUCACCGAGUUCGAGCAACCGCACGAGGGUCAGGCAGAUCCAAGUGCGGCGGCUCUGAAGCAGGUCAUGGCAACGAUGUUUGGCAAGGUUUGGAGUCAAGGGUUGCUGGCAACAGAUAUCGAGCCAGAGUCGUGGGAUAUUUGCAGUAUUAGAAUCGAGAAGAUGAUACGCCGGUGCAAGGCUGCGCUGAGAGAUGCGGAUGAUUCCGAGAUGUCGCUGAACCAGUGGCAGCAGGAGCUUGACAGGUCGAUACAGAAUGUCAAGUCGAUGUGGGAUGCGUUGCUCAGGCUCAGCGAGGCGUGGAAUCUCGAUGGCGUCACACAGGUUCUCAAGAUGAUGGACACCGAUGAUGCUAUAAAUGCAGCAGACCAGCUAUCUUCGCUUUCGCUGUAA